GAUCGGUCAGAGUCUGGCCGCAACAUGCGUGUUGCGUGCUCAGCUUUGUAUUGAAGCUGAAUUGAGACGAUGGUACUCAGGAUGUCGCUGUAUAUAAAUGGCGACUGAAAGACGUUGUCGAAGAGUUCAUCAAAUACACCACUUCAAUUACAAUCACCACUUCAAUCACAAUAAUCGUCAAAAUGCCUGUCCGCUACACUUCCAAAGACGUUCGCCCUGAGCCCUUGGCCCAAGAACUUCACCUCUAUCCCUCCGGCCGAGUCGCAAAAAACAGGUUUCUCAAGUCGCCCAUGGCUGAGUCGCUUGCGAGUUGGGAUCCCGAGAUCAUCUCCAAGAGAGGAAUUCCGACCGACGAGUUGAUUGAGCUGUACCGACGGUGAGUUCACCAGCGCCAGUAGAUGACCCAGACUGACAGCUUUAGAUGGGGCGAAGGCAAGAAUAACUUUGGCAUCGUUAUCACUGGCAAUAUAGACAUUGAUCUCAACUCGGUCGGGGCCGCUGCAUCUCCCGGCAUUCCCGUCGAUGCUCCCUUUGAAGGCGAGCGCUUCGAAAAGUUCAAGCAAUUGGCCGCAGCAGCCAAGAAGGACGGUUCUCUAUUCCUCGCUCAAGUCAAUCAUCCCGGGCGACAAGUUCCCUACAAGUUCAACCCCGUCGCCAUCUCAGCCUCUGACGUUCAACUCGACCCCAAGAUGGGAAUGACUUUUGGCAAACCGCACGCCGCGACAAAGGAGGAAAUCGCCCAGAUCAUUGAAGGUUUCGCCCACGCCGCCGAGUAUCUCGAAAAAGCCGGGUUCGACGGCAUCGAACUGCACGCAGCUCACGGAUACCUGCUCUCUCAAUUCCUCUCCCGAACCACCAACAAGCGCACCGACGAAUACAGCACUCAGACCGUCGAGAACAGACUCCGCCUCAUUUCCGAAAUUGCAAACGCCAUCAAAGCGCGCGUCUCAUCGACCUUCAUCGUCAGCGCAAAGCUCAACAGCGUAGAGUUCCAGGACGGCGGCGUGACAGCCGAUGAAGCGAGGGAGCUCUGCGAGAGGCUUGAAGCACUGGGAUUCGACUUUGUUGAACUCAGCGGCGGCACUUAUGAGCGCAUGGCGCUGUCGUGGGAGAAAGAGUCGACCAAGAAGCGCGAGGGUUUCUUUCUUGAGUGGGCGGAGGCCAUCACCAAAGCACUUGAACCAGCGCAUAAAAUGAGGAUCUUUAUCGCUGGUGGUUUGAGAACGGUGGGAGCCAUGGUAGACGCGCUUGAUGUUGUUGAUGGUGUGAGUAUUGGACGGCCUGCGGCGGCAGAACCGCGUUUGGCUAGUGAUAUUAUUGAGGGACGCGUCAAAGGCGCGAUCCAACCAGCUGAGAUGGUUGAGAAUGAUCUUGGUAUGGGUAUGGGUGUCGCUGGGGCUCAAUUUGCGCAGAUCGCAAAGGGCUUUGAACCGCUUGACGCGAGCGACAAUGAAGUCGUGCAGAUAUUUGGCCAGGAUAUGGGUGGGUGGUAUGAGAAGCUUGUACAGGACGGGGACAAGAAUGAGUUUGUUCGUGCCAUUCAGUAUUCGGGACCUCAAGUUCCGUAUGGCAAGGUCAAGGCUUGAUGGAUCAUGAGUUAUUGAUUGCGAUUAGACAUGUUAUUAGAGUGUAGGGUACUUAUUCUGAGUUAUUGAUUGCGUUUUCCUGAAACAAACUCAUGUCAUGUCAUGGCGUUUCAACGGUUCUAAAUUUAGGGCAG